AUGGAGUUCAAAAGCAAUGAGGCAGCUAUGAUCUUCAUCGAUGGCGAACUCAUCUCGAAACAUCAAAUAUUGCGUGAUACGAUCCAUAGUUUCAUUCCUGGGGGUUUUGCUGCAUGUUGGUUAGGUGGUGUUGAAGAUGUUUUCUUGUACCCAGGAAUCGCAUUUGUUCAGGCGAUUCGAUUGGCUGCCCGGCUUACGCCUGAACAACAUUUUCUCAGAUGGGGGCUUUGGGCUCUGUUGACAGUGGAGGCGGCGUAUUGUGCUAUCUUUGGCGCGUUUCUGAUGCACUCAGUCAUCGAGGUCUUUGGAAAUCACGCAGAGCUCUAUAGGAUACCUACCUUGCUGAGUAUCCAUGCUUUGAUAUCACGCAUCCUUAUCACAGCUGUUGUUCUUGCUGUACGAGCCUGGACUCUUUCGGGAGGAAAGGCAUAUAUUCUCGUCACCAUCUUGAUGUUUUGUGCUUACCACCUGGGCGUUUCAUUCGCUAUCACACGACGUUGUCUUUCGGUGACAUACUAUCAUCACCUACUAGAACCUCAAUGGCUAUGGCAGAUGAUGUAUGCAGCGGCUAUCGUUAGCGAUUCAAUCAUCACACUAUCUCUCUUCACGAUCCUCAACAAGCGAAGAACAAGGACGAAGGAUUUCAUGACGAUCGUCAAUGAGGUCGGGAUCUUGAUCGUCGAAUCUGCGCUUCCCACGACCCUGUUGGCCAUCGCGUCAUUGGUGGUUUUUGGAAGAGUGGGAGUGGGUGCAUUGUAUUCAUUGGGGCCGUUAGAAGACUUUAUUGAACCAUUUUCGACUAUCUUGGGUAUUCCUAGAUUCAUUUCAACUCAAGCAUACGCAAUUUCUGUGAUAAUUUCCAUUAAUUCGACCAUCACCGAAAAGAACAGAAGACAGAGAGGAAUUAGCAAACGUGAAGGUGAAGCAAUUGCCACCAACCGUUCAAACGAGAGCCAAGCUGACCUAUAUGGGAAACAUAUGAAGAGACCUGCUCCUACUGCUGAUUAUGACAGGUCAAUUGUAGAGACUGCAACUCUGGAUGAAGCAAUGCAGGAGCAGAUUCAUCAAGAAUCACAAGCCAUGUACUUACAUACACCAUCGAGAAGAGCAACACAAGUCAACAUAAUCUCGAUUUGUACGCCUAAAUCCUCUACGGGUACAAGUGGUGAAUCAACUGGUGCAAGUACUUCUGAGGGUGGGCAAGAGAAGAUCAUAGGUUUAGAGAAACCAUAUGCAUGA